AUGUCAUUGGGGUGGACACUAGCUGCCCUUUUGCUCUCUGCGGGUGUCCGUGCCCUGCCUCAAACCACCAAAGUGAUUGAAUGGAAGCCUUGCCCUGAACUCAACGAAGAAAUCUUCAAAGAAAUAGGCCAGGAGGGUGUACCCUUCGACUGCGCAACACUACCCGUCCCACUCGACUACGCAGACCCCGACUCGGAGAAGCUCGAGCUUUCUCUCUUCAGAAUCAAUGCCACCAAGCAACCCGCCCUGGGCACCGUCCUGUACAACCCUGGCGGCCCAGGGGGGACAGGAGCCCAGAACCUACCCUAUGAUGGCCCCCAGCAUAUAGCGAAUAUGGGAGGACAGUUCAACAUGGUCGCUUUCGAUCCCCGUGGCACAGGAAACACGAUUCCAUUCAACUGCACUCCGGAAGACGGUUCGUCCCUGAAAAGACGCGAGAGUGACUCUCUAGUCAGUACAAAUGUCACCGAACGCUUCUUUCACGGUGGAUGGGAUAAUGCUGUCACCCGGGCAGAGCUGUGUUAUACUACCAAUAACAAGACCGGACAGUUCCUGGGCACCACGUCCGCUGCCCGUGAUAUGCUCGCCAUCGUCAAUGCUCUUGGAGAGGACGGCUUGUUACGGUAUUACGGCUGGUCUUACGGUACGGCUUUGGGAGAAUACUUUGCCGCCAUGUUCCCCGAGCGCGUUGACCGCAUGCUCCUCGACGGCGUUUUGGACCCCAACAUCUGGAAAUUGGGCCACCGCGGCAAUUACCUUGUCGACGCCGAUGCGGCAUUGGAAGGAUUCGCGGAAGAGUGUGCCAAAAACAAGAACGACUGCGCAAUUGUCAAUGCAACUGGUGCGACGAAUGCCAGUGAGAUUUUCGAAUGGGUCAACACGCUACUGGAGCCGCUGGCAAAGAAUGCGACAUCCUCUGAGGAAGCAUGGCAAGUGUAUUAUGCCAUCAAGCAGUACACUCUCAGCCGGCUCUAUUGGCCGUAUAGGUUCCCAGCGUUGGCGGAGGCUAUCGUCCUUUUAUCUCAAGGCAAUACUAGUACGAUACUGGGAAGCACACUAGGUCAGACAAAGGGAUACAACCAUGGCCCGGAUUCAGCCGACGGCAUUCGCUGCAGUGACGCCACUUUCCAAAUUUCUUCACCAGAAGACUAUCUGCCUCAACUCGAAUACCAAGCCGGCAUUAGUGAAAGCUUCUCUGACGUUGGGUACGAAGCUCUUUGGACUUGUGCGGCCUGGAAGAUGCCCAACAAGGGCCGCUACGUGGGAAACUUCACCGCGAAGACCAAGACUCCCAUUCUGUUCGUCAACGGCGAAUACGACGUCACCACGCCCAUCGAGGGUGCCUACAACGCCAGCCGCGCCUUCGAAGGCAGCGUGGUGCUCCCUCAUUCUGGCUAUGGACACGGCCUGCUUGCUAGCCCUUCCAAAUGCGUCGCGAAGUAUAUCACAGCGUACUUUGUCAACGGCACUUUACCUGAGCCGGACACGCAUUGUAAGCCGGACUUGGGACCAUGGGAAGCCGCGAAGGCGAUGGAAGAAACUGCUUCACAAUCUGGAUAG